AAUCCAUGCCAGUAUUUUAAACGAUAUGACAAAUUAACUAAGUAUGUUUUGUGGGAUAGGAGAAAAAAACAGGAUUAAUAUAAAGAUGUGCUCACCAAGGGAUGUAGUAGGCUUGGCUUUACCAGAUGUUACAUUGUACAAUUUAUCAAUGGCUAAAUUGGCAAAGCAUUGGUUCAAAAGGGACGCUGGCUUGGAAUGGAUAACAGUAGAACGGGAACUAAGUUAUACUCUGUCACGUAGGCUUACAGGGGAGAGGUCUGUUGAUACUCUGUCACAUAGUCUUACAGGGGAGAGGUCUGUUGAUACUCUGUCACGUAGUCUUACAGGGGAGAGGUCUGUUGAUACUCUGUCACGUAGUCUUACAGGGGAGAGGUCUGUUGAUACUCUGUCACAUAGUCUUACAGGGGAGAGGUCUGUUGAUACUCUGUCACAUAGUCUUACAGGGGAGAGGUCUGUUGAUACUCUGUCACAUAGUCUUACAGGGGAGAGGUCUGUUGAUACUCUGUCACAUCGUCCUACAGGGGAGAGGUCUGUUGAUACGCUGUCACAUAGUCUUACAGGGGAGAGGUCUGUUGAUACUCUGUCACAUAGUCUUACAGGGGAGAGGUCUGUUGAUACUCUGUCACGUAGUCUUACAGGGGAGAGGUCUGUUGAUACUCUGUCACAUAGUCUUACAGGGGAGAGGUCUGUUGAUACUCUGUCACAUAGUCUUACAGGGGAGAGGUCUGUUGAUACUCUGUCACGUAGUCUUACAGGGGAGAGGUCUGUUGAUACUCUGUCACAUAGUCUUACAGGGGAGAGGUCUGUUGAUACUCUGUCACGUAGUCUUACAGGGGAGAGGUCUGUUGAUACGCUGUCACAGUUUUACAGGGCAGAGGUCUGUCAAACUCCCAACCCAAUUUUGUUACACUCAAAAGAGGUCUGGAGAACAGUACACAAGAUAAGUGGAAUUUCACAUCUAAAACAAGGAUACUCAUCAUUGUGGCACAAUCCUCGGCUACCGAUAGGAAAGAAGUCUGUGUACUGGAACAGUAGCCAAUGAAAAUAAUUCAUACUAUAGGUGAUCUGUACAAUGAAGAUGUUUUAAUGUCAUACUCAGUUUUGGUACAAAAUAUGAUGCGGGAGACAAGGGACAUUUCUGGAAAUAUUUAGAAUUAAAAGAAUGUUUGUUAACCAGCUAUCAACGAAAUCCAGGAAAGAACCCAAUAGCUGAGUAUUUGGAAUUACCCAAACAUAAAGCAGCCAUUUCUACUCAAUAUUUAGUCAUUUGCAGAGUAAAGACGGUAAAAACCUCAGAACAAUAUGGCAAAUUUACUUAGUGUGAAAUUGAUGAUGAUACCUGGUUGAAGAUCUUGUCCAGUUCAGGGAGGAACAUAAGUGAAGCCAGGUGGAAACUUACUCAAUAUAAGACACUACAUAGGUGUUAUUGGACCCCAACAAGGCUUCAUAAGAUGGGGCUGACAAACAAUUCUCUGUGUCGGAAAUGCCAAAAAGACACGGGGACAUUUUUACACGCAAUAUGGAAAUGUAUAUUAGUGCUACCUUUCUGGAAGGAUGUUUUGAAAUAUCUGGUGGAGUGUUGAGGCUUAACAACUCCAGUUUCACCAAGAAUAUGUCUCUUAGGUGAUAGAACAGAGUUACGUAACGUAACAAAUUAGGAAUUUGCACUGAUCACUGCUGGUGUGGUUACAGCAGCUAGAGUAAUACUUAGAAUUUGGAAGGGUCAUGUGACUCCUACUCUGAAACAGUGGAUAGAAUCAGUGUAUCACUGGUAGAAAUUAAAAUUCUAGAAGCUGGACGUGUUUUAUUUGUCAUGUUUCUAAGACUGUGAGGUGAUUACUUAUGCUUGUGAACCCAUUUAGUUCUGUAUUGUAACCUGUGAGAUUGUCACGCCCUGACCUUAGAGAGCCUUGUUUAUUCUCUAUUUGGUUAGGUCAGGGUGUGACUUGGGUGGGCAUAUUUAUGUUUCUAUUUCUUUGUUGGCCUAGUAUGGUUCCCAAUCAGAGGCAGCUGUUUAUCGUUGUCUCUGAUUGGGGAUCAUACUUAGGCAGCCCUUUUUCUCACCUGAGAUUGUGGGAUCUUGUUUUUGCAUAGUUUUUACUAUGUCGCCUGCAGAACGUUACGUUCAUUUAUAUUUUGGUGUUUUUUGGUGUUCAUCAACAAAGAAAGAUGUACGCUUACCACGCUGCACCUUGGUCUCAUUCCAACGACGAUCGUAACAGAAAUACUAUUUGACUGUGUAUAUGUGCCAUGUUGGAGGAUAUGUCUUGAUGUCAUGCUCAAUGUUUU